GAUAUCAAAAUGGUGGCGGACGUAUUCGUGAUAGGUAUUUUGUUUUGUUUUUUAUUUAUGUUUUGAUUUUGGUUCGCGAAAAUUCAAAUUCCUCGUUCGGAGUGCAAAACAAUGUAACUUCGUCAUUCGUCGGAUUGUCGAAUCCUAAAAUGACCGAAGCGCCGGCGGCCGAGGCGCUGGACGUGUGCGCGUCGGAUCCUAAUUUUGCGGUUAUAUUUGCUUUCUGCGAACGGUUCGGAGACAGUUGUGGUGUUACUAUUCCUACGUUCCAAGAGCUUCAAGAAAUGUUAGAAAAGACUACCGAAGUUCCAGAUGCAUUAGUUGAUUUGCAUAUUAAGUUAUUGCGCAGAGUCAAAAAAAGUGUAAAUGCAGAUAAAUGGGAAAGAGCAGUUAUAAAAUUUUGUCAAGAAUAUUCUAUACCAGAAUUUUGGGAGUUAGAACACUAUGGAUACAAAGGAAUUUCCGUAAAACUAAAACUAAGGAUCUUAAAAACUCUUUUUGAAGCACAAUUUGACAGUAAUGUUAAAUUUAAGUCCGAAAUAAAUAAAUUAGAUAGUUCUACACUUCAUUCUCAACCACUAGGUUGGGAUAGAUCAGGUGUAGCAUAUUGGGUGCAAUUUGAUCGAGCAUAUAAUCUUAGAGUUUACAAAGAAGACAUUGAUGAAGAUACGUGGGAAAUCGUAGCAAAAGAUCGAAGUACUUUAGUCAAUCUUAUAAAUGAAUUAUCUGGAGCAAAAGACAACACUCUCGAUGAUAUUGAAGAUAGUAAUAGUGUUGAGACUGGUUCAGAAGACGAAAAUGAAUCACCCUUAAAUCUGAAUCCUGAAAAACAUUCUCCUAUUACUGAAAAUAACAAAAAAGAAUGUAGUACUACAGAAUCAACUAAUGUUGAAUUAGUAAAAAAUGAAUUUGAUUCUCAAGAAAUCCCUAUUAAUUUCAAAAGAAAAUUGGACGAAGAUGACGAUUCGUUUAAUAAAAGUAAUUGUCCUAUAGUUGGAGAAGAGAUUGAAGAAUCUGUUAUGAUAGUGAAGGGUGAAGGUUCUGGACAAGAAUGUGAUACUGGUAAUCCCGAUGAAACAAAUACUCAAAAUGAUACAUCAAAAAAUGAAGAUGUUAAAAAACCAAAAUUAUGGAGUAUAGAAGCAAUUUGUAGUUCAUCUAAAGAAGUUAAAGAAGAAAUUGUUUCUGUUCCUACAACUGGAUUUUUUUUUGGUGACGAUUCUGUACCAUGUUUUAAUAAUGUUUCUAAUGGAGAAAAUUCUUGUAUUGAUGACAGUAAAUUAAAAGUUGUACAAUCAAACGAAAAUAUUGAAGAAUCAAAAAAAAGUAAAAUAAUAGUUGAAGAACCAAAUAAAAGUACAAAAACCGAUGAAGAAUUAUGUGUAAAUAAAGAAACUAAUGAAGAAAUAAAUAAAAAUGAAAAAUUGGAUGAAGUUGAUACUACUACAACACAUAGCAUCAAAUCUCUUAAUUUAGAUGAAUUUUCAUGUAAAAAUGUUUCAAAACAAUCAGUUUUUAAUAUUAAAGUCCACGAAGAAGAAGUACAGAUUACAGAACGAAAGGCUAAUGAAGUUUUUACAAAAUCUGAAACUAGUAUAAAACAUGUUACAACAAAUGUUUAUGAUUCAACAUCAUUUGACAGUUAUAGUAAACCUCAAGAGUCUCAGAUAAAUAGUACGACAGACAUUUUUACACAUAAUAAAGAUAAUCAACCACAAACCAGUAGCAAAAUAAAUAAAUAUGAUGCAGAUCACAAGACUGAGUGCAAUAAAAUUGACGCUGAUCAAACUAAUGACCAACCAACAGAUCUUACCAAUUCUGAUAUUUCUACAGGCGCAAAAGUAGACAAACAAAAAAGUCUGAAUGUGAAAUUAGAAGAAAACACAAUGUGCAAUAUUGAUCAACAAUUAGAAGAAAAUAAAAAAGAGGAAAUAGAUCAACAGUCAACACCUAAAAUAGUUGAUGAACCUAUUAUGACCUAUGAACAUAAUAAACUUGAUAAUGAAAUAAAAUUAAAUGAAUCAAAUCAAUUGACAACGAGUAAAAGCAGUCAAAGUGAUGAAGAAAAAACACUAGAUAAUAGAUGUGAAAAAAUCAAAUUAAAUGAAUCAUUUGCAAACACAGUUGGUCAAUAUGAUGAUGACACUAAUGAACAACCAAGUACUGAUGUAGUUGAAGAAAAUGUAUGCAUGUUAGAUACAUCAUCAUCAAAUUUAAUUGACCAAAAUAUUACUUCAGAUAAUCAAAUAUUGGAAAACAAAUCAAUUAUUGAUGAUGAAAAACCAGUAGAUAGUUUAGUUGAAGAAAAUGAACCUGAUAAACAAGUAUCUAAAGAUAAUCAAAUUACUGAUGAUUUAGAAAUUAGUGCUACUUAUUCUAAUAAUGACCUUAAACAACAUACUGAAAAUGAUAAUCCAAUAAUAAAUGAUAUUGCUAGUAGUAGUAAAGCACAUGAUCAAACUUUAACAGACAAUGUCGAUCAAUGUCCUCAAAUCUCUAAACAAGUAGACGGUAAUCAAAAUACUAAUAAAUCUAAAAAAACAUCACAUACUAUAAGCAAUAUUAUGGACACUGAUAUGAAUGUUGUUAGUGAUAGCAUUAAAACAAAUGAACAAUCAAUUAAUUCUAUUGAUACUGACAUUAAACAUCUAGAACAUUUUCCAAAUGAAAAAAAACCAUCCGUUGUAAAUGUAGAUUGCCCUAAAGUUUUUAAUAGUAAACAUAGUUUAAAUAAUAUAUUAAACAAAUUAGAUGAUGUAAAGGAAAUAUCGGAAUGUCCCAACUCUGAUUCUUCCAAUGUUGAUUUAGAAAUAAACAAAAUUGAUUUGGUGAAACCAGAGGUUGAAAUUAAAGAAGAAUCAAAUUUAAAGAGCAAGGAUUCUUUGAAUGAUUUAACUGUAUUAAAAAAAGAUAAAAUAAUAGAAAAUGAAAAAAAUAUUUCACACAUAAUUUCAAGUGUACCAGAAAAUCAAAAGGAAGUCAUUGAUGUAUUUAAUAAAAAAACAAAAAGUGAUAAGGAUUAUGAACAAUUAACAAUUUCUACAGAACAAUGUAAAAAAGAUGAAAUAAAACAGAGCAAUUUAAAUGUGAAUUAUGUUGAGACCAUACAAAACAAAGCUUUACAAGAAGAGGAUAAAGUAUUGAAAAUUGAGAGUGAUACUUAUGUUCAUAAUGAAGAAAACUUAAAUUUGAAAAAAUUGGAAAGUGCUCCAUGUAAUAAAGACAACCUUGUGUGUGAUUCAUCUGUACAAGAUAGUACAUUAAAAAUGGAAUCCCAAAUGGAGAUUGAUGAAGAAGUUGCUGAUGACAUAUUACAUGAUGAUAAAAAUGUUAUCAACAAAUCAAUUGACAAUUAUGAGAGUCUAGAAACCGAAGAAAAAGAAACUAAUUUUGAUAAAGAUAUUAUAAAUCAAAAUCUCAAAAUAGAAAAAAACUCUAAAGACGAUGAGGAUGAUACAUUAAAAUCUUCUGACGAGCAAAUUGUUACAUCUCCUGUUCAUGAGGAUACAUAUGAAAAUGUUGAUGAAACUAACCAAGAAUCAUUUGAUAAAAGUCCUAAAGAAGAGUUUGAUGAUAGUGCAGUUGUGGAUUUAGAAGAAGAUAAUAAUAAAAGUGAUGAAGAAGAAGUUGCUGAAGAAACACCAAAAAAGAAAGGGAGACCUGGACGAAAAAAGGGAAAAAGAGGAAGGGCUAAAAAAGUUACUACAGUCAAGCAAGAAAAUAAAAGCAAUACAGAAGAAAAAGUAAAACGACCAUACAAACCUCGUCAAAAGAAAGUUGUCACCAUAUCGGAAGAAGUGACUGUAUUUCCAGAGCCCGCUGGUGAUGAUAAUGUGCGUAGAUCAAGGCGUAUUGCUGAAAUAAAAAUAAAAGAACAAUUUAUUCCGGCUACACAAUAUGAUGAUAUUGAUAUACCAUUAAAGAGUCCAAAGAAAAAAGAUAAAGGUGGAAAGAAAGGGUCAACACCAUCCAAAAAGUUGGAAAACGCAGAAGAAUCAGAUGACGAAGACGAAGAAGAUCCUAUUUCUAAAAAGUUCAAAAAAAGAAGAAGGAAAGGAAAGGCAGAUUCUUUGAAGAAAAUCAACAUGGUAAAUCCUUGGAAUGUCGAUUCUGAAUCUAGUUCUUCUGAAAACAAUGUAGAAUUAUUUGAAGACUACGAUCAUGAAGAAGAGGAAGAAAUUCCUAGACCUGGAAUCGAGCCUAACGUUUCAGACCAUGAGUUUUCCCCUGAAUCAGAUAUUAAUGACGAAGAUGAAGAGUAUUUGCCUGAAAAAAGAGCACGAACUGCUCAUAAAAAAGAUGAAGGCGAACCAUUAAAAGACGAUAUGUGUCAAAAAUGUAAUAAAAGUGAUCAACCUGAAUGGAUUUUGUUGUGUGAUACUUGUAAUCUAGGAUGGCAUGCAUCUUGUCUUCGCCCUCCACUUAUGGUGAUCCCUGAUGGUGACUGGUACUGUCCACCAUGUCGUCAUCAAUCUCUGUUGAAUGCAUUAAAAGAAACUUUAAAAAAAUAUGAUGGAGAAUCUAAAAAACGAGAAAAUGAAGAAUUGAGACGUAAACGGUUGGCAUAUGUUGGAAUAAGUCUUCAAAAUGUAAUAUCAUCAAAAACAGAAGAAGUUAAACCUGAAAAAUCACCUGUAGUACAUCAAUCUUCUGAAGAAGAUGAAGAAGAAUCAGAAUCAGAGAAUUAUGAUUCAGAACCGUUGUAUACUUUAAGAGCUAGGCGACAAGCUAACGUCAGUUACCGUUUUAAUGAUUAUGAUGACAUGAUCAAUGAAGCAAUUUUAGAGGAAACUGGUGUUGAUGAAUCUGCAUUGAAAAAAUCAGCUGAAGUGAAAACUGACAAAAAUGAUAAUGAUGAAAAAAAUGACUCUGAUAACGAUGAUAGAGAGGAUUCACCAAUAGCACCUGCUCUGUUACAUUUGAGGGGGCGAAAAAAAUCAAAAAAGCUCACAAAUCUUGAUAUCAGUUCAGAUGACGGUUCAGAUGAAGAUUUCAAAGGCCCUUCAGAUGAGGACGACGAUUACGAGGAAGAUUUGAGUGAGUAUAGUGACGAUUCUGUCAAAAGACGACCACAACCAACAAGGCGGUCUGUGCGGAACCGCAGAAACGUAGUUGACCCCGACUUUAUCAAUGACGAUUCGAGUGAAGACAGUGAUCAUCGUUCUAAAAAAAAGAGAUCGAGACCAUGGUCGGAUUCAUCUAAUAGUGAAGAAGAGGACUUGACGUGGGGAAAAAAGAAAAAGAAACGCACUAGCGCGAAUUCUUCGUCAUUUUCGUCCAAACCAGCCGCCAAAGGAACUAAAAGAAAACGCAGUGAAAAUGACGGUGUCCGAAAAUUGAAAAAAUCAACGAUCAAGUAUGGCAUGAAUUCGGAUUCAGACUCGGACGGUCAACCCAAAAGAAGGACGAGAGGACGACAGAUAACUUACGCCGAAUCCGACGAUUCCGAAGAGGAGGUCCAAACGAAAAAGCGUAAAGUAGCUAGUGACGAAGAAGACGAAUACGUGUUGAACGACGAAGAAUUGGAAGUCGAAAACGAAGACCAUACCUUGGAAGAGGAAGUAGACGACGCGGUGGCCAGUAACGAAGAAAAGGACGACGACGACGACGACGACGAAGACGACGAGGUAGGCGAGGAAGAAGAGGACGAGGACGAGGAAGAAGACCCAAAACCGGCGGCGAUAUCCUCGUCAGUCCCUGCAGCGGUUCCGGGUCAUCAAACCGUCGCGAAACUUCCGCCACCGUCCGCCGUAGCUGCCGUCGCACAAUCGGUGAUCAGGGAACCCGUGUCGUCGUCGUCGUCAUCCGGUGAUCCCGCCGUACCCGCGCAUCACACCCCACACCCAAGACUGUUGCCGCCGCCGGUCGCCGCUGCCGCUGCCGUCGUCGUCCAGCGACCGGACAAACAGGAGUCGCCGUCGUCGGUCGCCGACCCGGGACACGGAUCUCCCGCGGACAAGCGCAAGCGACCUCAGCACCAGCCGAAAAAGUGUCCUUCGCCCAACCCUCUGCAGCAGGUGGACUACGGGGGCGGUGCCGGUUACCCUUACGCGCCGGACGCCACCAAAGUGACCGCGGUGACCGCCGUCCCGCCGUCUCCCGCGUACGUCAGACCGCCGCCCGCGGGCGGAGUGUUCAAGACCAUGGUGGCACAGCCGCCGCGGACCGCCGGCGACAUGGGUUUCGCGGCCGCCGUGCCCGUACCGCCGCCGUACCGGACGGCGGCCAACAAAAUGGCCGGUCCGGCCGCCUACCUUCCGCCCCAGGUCCAGCCGCCCCAACAGAUUUACCAGGCGCCCACGUCGACCGCGCCUCCACCGUCGUCACAACCGCCGUCGGCCGGUUACUCGCCUUAUCCGAUCGAUUACGCCGGAACCGGAGCGUCGCUCCCGCCCCCGCCGCCGUUGAUCCCGUUCCGGAACGUGGUCGUGGCCCCCCCGCUGCACGAACACGCCCUGCUGCCCCCCGGAACUGCACAUCCGCAACAGCAAUCUGUGACCGGCGAGGUUAGCGAAUUCGGCGGGCUCGUUUCGUAUUUCUCCAGUCAACAAGAAGACGAUUUUGACACAUGAUGAUCUCUCGUCCGUUUCCGCCACAUUAUUAUUAUUAUUAUUAUUAUUAUAUUAUAUUAUUGUAAUUAUUAUUUUUGUCCCCUUUUUUCUGUUUUGUGUCCUCCCCAUAUUCCCGCCGACAGCAAAUCGUAUAUUAUAUAUUAUAAUAAUAUAUUAUAUUAUGUUACUAUACUGUACACUGUUCUACUUUUGGAAACGUGCAGGCUGCUCGUACGUGUUUGUUUUUUAUUAUUGUUCGUUUGGAAUUUUUUCGUGCUUCUAUCAUUUUACCGUAACGUAUAAUUUUCCUUUCGAGUCGAAUCAAUAAAUCUAAAAGCAUUUAUAAUGCGGUCGUUUAGUCGUGCCAGUAAGUACUUACAAUUAGGGUAAGCCGAACAUAUACACGCAGAGACUACCUACUAAUAAUAAUCGUAAUAACGUCAUCGUCGCAAUCAAAAUCUAUCGUUGUUCGUAAUCGUUAAAUCACGAGUAUGUCACUCGUAUAUAGAAUCGAGAAGAAAGUCGAAGAAUAUUCGCCGUACAAACCGUCCGCGCUAGACUGGCUCUUUCUAUUGUUUUAUUACUUAAUCUAAUUUUUAAUUUUAAUUGAGAAACAAAUCAUUUCCUUAUACUUAUUUUUACGAGGCCAUAAUAUCAUAUGAAUUUGUAACCGGUAAGAGCCCAUUAUUGUGUCGAAUAUUGUAAAGAUCUGAGAACAAUUUAUUUUGUACGAAUUUUGUUUAAGUUAAAUAUUUGAUAAUACGUUUGUUUUUUUUUUAACAUUAUUUACUUAAAUCACCAAAACACGAUAUAGUUAUCAGUUAUCACUAUGAUGCUGUUUCUAUCAUGUUUAAAAACUAUAUUUAUGUGACUUCUAGCUAACAGCAAAUAAUGUUAAUUUAAUUAAUUUAAUAUUUGAACUGCCCCACCAUUGAUGACCUAUACGUUUUAAAAAAAGAAAAUAACUCGUGUGUAAUAUUUAUUGUACAAAUAUACAUUUUAAAAAUAAU